UAUGUAGCUUUCAAAAAACAGUGGGCAAAAAAUACCUAGCUGGAUAACCUACUGCUUGCGUCCAGGAUUCUGAAAGGGCUUCUGACUUGGUACAACCAUGAGUGGGGGAGUGAAUGUGAAGAGUCUUCCACGAGCUCAGCCGGGCUCCGGCAUCCCUCUGCACAGGACUAGACUCCCCUCCCCAAAACCUGAGCCCAAGAGCACCAGCAGUGGCCUUCCGAGACCAUCCACACAUGACCCCGUUAGCAACAGAACCUCCUGUAGCGGCAGCCCUACAGCUGUCUCCUCCAGAGACGUGCUUAGGGACACCACCCUCAGAAACCAGCAUCUGCUACUAAGAGGCAGUCCACCUAGUCAACGUGCUUCCACUAGUCCUCAAACACAGACCCAAGACUCUAGAUCAGCCCACAGCAGUCCACAAGUUCGACGGAAAGAGUCCCCAUUUUCGAGGGGUACUAUGGAUGGGUCCAAGACCGAGAGUUUGCUUGACCUUCGGUACAAUGGCAACAAGAACUUCCAGAGUGGAAUCUUUCAUUCUCAAAUGGGACGAAUGGACAACGAUAACAGUUUGAUCUCAGAAGAACUCAAAUGCCACGAGGAGAGCGUUGCUUCUGGAAGCAGUCAAAACAAGACGGGAAUCCCUUCAUUCAGAUUUAGUAACAGAAACUUGAGGCCUGGUCCAGCGGCCACUAAUGUAGAUAUGGGUCUCCUCAGAGUCUGUCGAGAGAGAGUGUCCCUGCAGAUCAGUGCCUCCAGUAGUUUUUCAGAUGAGGAGAUGUGCACUCCAGAUGACCUCAGUCCCGAGGUCCCACAGAAGCCACCCCCCGAGACUACUGCAGUCCUGAAACAGGAAACUUCUAGUGUUGAGAUGCUCAAAGCCAAACAGUUACCAAAGGUCAACAUGGCUGCUGUGGCACCUUUCAGAUACAGACUGCAGAUUCAGGAAGACAUAUCUUUGGAUGACUUCAGCGACUGUUCCUCUGACUCAAUAGAAGUCUGGUGUGAUGACCUCAAUACUGGAGGAAUGCUUGGGGGUAGCCCAAGAGGACAAGGAGUAGAUCUCGAGACUGAAGCUGACAAAACGUCCAAAGCCAAGACCCACCAGGGCCAGGCGGGAGCCAGCGGAGUUGAGGGCAUGGCUGCGAAAAGGGGCAAGUCAGGGCUCCCACAGGCUACUCCUCGGGCUGAGCUAAAGGUCUACCGAGCGGGAAACUCGGAGGGUCGUCUUCCAGUGCCUAGUAACCUGCGCAAGCAAAAGUCCUUGACCAAUUUAUGUGUGCUUACGGACGCCGAGAAGAAGAUGCACCUGUACCAGCCCAAGUGGUCGGAUGACAUUGAAAAGCCAGGGGCAGGUCAGAACAAGUCCGGCAAGCUCAAAGAUGCCGGAGUGGGUACAGGCAAGAGUAUCCCACUUUCCAAGAACCUUUCCAAGUCAGAGCAUUCACUGUUUCAGGGAAAGCCAAAACCCUUUAGCCCACCUUCCAAACUGGGCAAACCCAGUCGGAUACCAAAGGGUCCUUACGCUGAGGUCAAACCCAUCAGCAAGGCUCAAGAGCUGGCAGAUGACGGCAAGUCAGAUGAUGAGAUCUUGUCCAGCAAGGCUAAAGCUAAUGGCAAGAAAACUUUAAGUGUUACCUCAGGGGCAGCCACCCCAGGAGGGGGCGGAGGGGGCAAAGAUGCACCAGAACCAGAGGAAGGGGACAAGACCUUCCUAAAGGUGGACCCUGAACUGGUUGUAACAGUACUUGGGGACCUGGAGCAGCUUCUCUUCAGUCAGAUGUUGGGGACUUCAAACAGUCAAAACAUGUCAUCAAGGAACUGUUUUGAGACUUCAAACAGGCAAAACAUGUCAUCAAGGAACUGUUUUGAUCCUGAGUCCCAGAGGAAACGCACCGUUCAGAAUGUCCUCGACCUCCGGCAGAACCUGGAAGAUACCAUGUCCAGCUUACGGGGGUCGCAGCUCAGCCACAGCUGUAUUGAGAACAGCAUGUGCUACGACAGCGAUGAGACUAACGCCCGCAGCAUCUCUAGCCUGUCCAACCGUUCCUCUCCUCUCUCCUGGCGCCAAGGCCAGUCCAGCCCUCGGCUGCAGGCUGGUGACGCCCCCUCCUCCGGGGUCACCGCCCACUCGCUGCCCAUCCGAGCAACAACGCAGAUCAGCCACCUGCAGCGCAUCCAGCUCAUCGAGGGCCUGGACGCCGCGGACGAUGACCUGGCCGACCUCAAGUCUGGUAACUUCAGCGACGGCAACCUGACGGGCAAGAGCCAACCAGAAGAUGAAGACGACGAUGAUGAUGACGUCGAUGAUGAUGACCUAGCCAAUGGUUGGGAUGAAAGCAGCUCCAUCAGCAGCGGUUUGAGUGACGGUUCAGACAACCUCAGCUCAGAGGAGUUCAACGCAGGCUCCUCCCUUAACUCCCUGCCGACAACUCCCAUUGGCUCCCGACGCAACUCUGCCAUUGUGCUGCGCACUGAUGCUGAGAAGCGCUCGCUGGUUGAAAGUGGCCUUUCCUGGUACAGCGAGGAGGGGAAGGCACAAUGCCGGAAUGAGGGAGGAUACGACACAGGCAGCCUUAAGGCGGAGUCAUCCAGCAAAUGGAAAAAAAGCCGAUCUCAGGAUGACACGGGAGUCAAGGGUGAGCUGAGGAAACCGCAGACGCUUGGCCACCCGCCCAGCGGACUGAAGAAGAGCCGUAACCCUCCUGUAGGCGUGACCUCCCCCAUCACACACACCUCACAGAGCAUGCUCAAAGUGCCAGGAGUUCCAAAGAACGAUCAGCGAGUCGUGGAUAAAGCCAAAAUGCCAGUGAAAUCCUCAGGCUUACAGCGCUCCAGUUCAGAUGCAGGGAAAGAACGUGGCGAGCACAGAAAACCUCCCUCUGGUCUCGUCCGUCCCUCCGCCGGCACGGUUAAUUCCUUCGGUUACAAGAAAACCAUUCCAACUAACGGCACCGCCACUGUGCUAACAACUAGUGGAAACACCGUCUCCGAAAACUCUGCGAUUGUCAACAAAACUCCUAAAACCUCUGGUAUCCCAGUGAAACCCUCUGCCGGCGAGGUGGGUGGAGGACGCAAGACCAGUCUUGAUGUGUCGAACUGUGAUCAAGGUUUCAUGGCUCCGAACGCACGCAACAACAUCCAGUAUCGUAGUCUCCCGAGACCUGCUAAGUCCAGCACCUUGAGUUUGACGGGAGGACGGCCGGGCGCUCGUCCCGUCAGCAGCAACAUGGACGCUGGUCUACAGGGCCUAAAAACAGUGCCCGCCCCAUCCAGACUGAAGGAACCAGGCAGUGUGAAGAGCUUCCAUCGGGCCAGUACAGGAGGAUGCGCUCCGGUCAACCAGACGGACCGGGAGAAGGAGAAGGCCAAAGCCAAGGCGGUGGCGUCUGAUUCUGAGUGUGGCGGAGGCGGCCUGCUAAAGAACGGCACAUUGACACCAACACAGAGCACGCUGGAGCCUCCUUCCAGACUACUUGGGCUUCGGCAGCCAUCCAGCCUGGGCAAAUAUUCAGAGCUGCCCUCUCCCAACUCUCAGAGGCCCUCCAGUGCCAGAUCUCUGCCCAAACCUGCUCACCUGGACAAGGUCAACUCCAACAGCCUGGACUGUGGGAUAGUCAGCGUGGAGGACCAGCUUCCUCCCAAAGUGCCGCCCUUCUCCAAAUUACAAGAACUAUCAGGAAUUAGCAGCACAAGCUGUCUGACGCCCAGUCCAGCUCCCAUCCUCAACGUCAACUCCUCUGAGUGUUUCUCCAGCGCCACCAUGGGCCGAGGGGGCAGCGCUGGCGGCUCUCCCUCGCUCUACCCCCGCCUCUCUGGGCUGCACCGUAGCAUGGAGUCCUUGUCUCUGCAGAUGAGCGUGUCUCCAGCAGGGGGCGGCAUGACGGAGCCCAGGCCCAGACAUGAGGACAGAGGGACGGAUGGUGGCUGGUCGACAGGAAGCAGGGUCUUGCUCACACUCACAGCAGACAGCUCACAAAGGGACAGAAAUACUCUCCCAAAGAAAGGCUUAAGCCAGCACAUCGCCUCGCAGGCUGAGGAGGACAGCAAAGAGAGACGUCACUCGCACACUAUAGUGAGCCUGACUGAGGCCAACAGCCCGCCGCAGUUCCCUUCACCCAUACUGACAGGAAAAACACCACUGACGAGCAUCAUAGCACCCAGUCCCACCUCAGGAACACCAAGAAUGACCAGAUCCAACAGCAUCCCCGCUCACGAGGCCAGUUUUGAGCUGUAUCAGGCCUCUCCGCUGGGCAGCACCUUAUCGCUCGCCGAGCGGCCCAAGAGCAUGAUCCGAUCCGGCUCCUUCAGAGACGCCGGCGAUGACGUUCAUGGCUCAGUGCUCUCACUGGUGUCUAAUGCCUCCUCCAGCUACUCCUCAGCGGAGGAGAGAAUGCAGGGCGAGCAAAUCCGUAAGCUGAGGAGGGAGCUGGAGUCUUCACAGGAGAAGGUGGCCAAUCUGACCUCACAGCUGUCUGCUAAUGCUAACCUGGUGGCAGCAUUUGAGCAGAGUCUGGCCCUCAUGACCUCUCGACUCCAGACCCUCUCUGUCAGCUCUGAUCAGAAGGACAGUGAAUUACUGGACCUUAGAGAAACAAUCGAGAGCCUAAAGACCAAGAACAUGGAGGCGCAGGCCGUCAUCCAAGUCGCACUCAGUAACCCAGAUGUUGCCCCCAAAGAGUUGCGAAUCAGGAGGCAGAACUCAUCCGAGAGCAUUUCUAGUCUGAAUAGCAUUACCAGUCACUCCAGUGUGGGCAGCUUGAAAGACGACGCCAAGAAGAAGAAGAAAAAGAGCUGGUUACGAAGUUCUUUUGGCAAGGCGUUCAGCAUUAAGAAGGGCGCCAUUAAAGGUGGCUCCAUGUAUUCUGAUAUUGAAGAGAUCGCCACUCCAGACUCUUCUGCACCCAACUCACCAAAACUGGGUCAUGAAGAUGGAGAGAACCCGCCCACUUCCCUCCCAUCCAGCCAAUCAGCCACCUCCUCUGUGAUCCAUGAAAGCAACGAGGAAAACGAGAGCGAUGAGAAGAUGGUGUCUGAGCUGCGGUCUGAGCUGUGGGAGAAAGAGAUGAAACUGACGGACAUUCGGCUAGAAGCGCUGAGCUCAGCACAUCAGCUGGAGCAGCUACAAGAGACCAUGAACAACAUGCAGAGUAUGGUGGAGAGUCUGAAGGCAGAGAACGAUCAGCUGAAAACAGGAAGUGCUCCAUCAUCCCUUGUCCUUCCUUGCAGCCCACCUUCUACUUCCACCUCCCAGCCGUCUGGUCUGGCCAGCCUACUGAACUCCAACCAAACCAAACCACCCAUGAGCCUCACCAAGUCCUUCAGCCUCAGCCUCAAUGAGUGCUCCAACACUGACAUUGCUCCUAUGGAGUUACUGAGCCUGUCAUCUCAGAGGAAUGAGGUCUUUACGCGUGUGGUGGUCCGUAUAGCUGACCAGCAAGUGUCCAGAGAGGUGAGGCAGCAGGAUUUCUACAUCGGCUCUGUGAGGAUUCAUGGGAAAACUGAAUGGUCUAUGUUAGACACAGACAUCUCCACAGCUUUCAGGGACUAUCUCCUACGUUAA